AUGGUCUCUUCAAGUGAUAAUAAACAAGAUCACAAAACUCAUCGAGCACACAAAGUUGGUGGUAAAGUGAAAAAGAAAGGACGUAGUAACAAUGCAGCAGAUCAUAAGAAUUUGAAGGCGUUCACGUUUCGAUCCGCCAUCAAAGCCGCCCGAGCCAUUCGAAGAACGGCCGAUAAAGAUGAGAAGAAGAAGCAUAUCCCAAUCGUUGAUCGUAGUCCUGUUGAACCACCACCAGUUAUUGUUGCUAUUGUUGGACCUUCCAAGGUCGGUAAAAGCACAUUGCUACGUUGUUUGCUAAAGCAUUAUAUACGACAAACAGUAAAUGAAUUACACGGACCGAUCACGAUUGUUACUGGAAAGACGAGAAGAGUGACCUUUGUUGAGGUCGAAAAUGAUAUCAAUUCGAUGAUCGACGUCUCGAAAAUCGCCGAUUUGGUGUUAUUGAUGAUAGAUGCAUCGUAUGGUUUCGAAAUGGAAACAUUCGAGUUCUUGAAUAUGUGUCAAAUUCAUGGAAUGCCUCGUAUAAUUGGUGUUUUGACACAUUUGGAUGUGAUUAAGAAGAAAGAGAAAUUGAAACAUACCAAAAAGCUUUUGAAACAUCGAUUCUGGACCGAAGUUUAUCAGGGUGCCAAACUGUUCUAUUUAUCUGGCAUGGUGAAUGAAAUGUACCUCAGGAAUGAGGUCACCAAUUUGGCGCGAUUCAUAUCUGUUUCUAAGUUUCAUCCAAUUGCAUGGCGUACAUCGCAUCCGUAUAUCUAUUGUGAUCGCUACGAGGACUUGACCAAUCCUGAGUUGAUACGUGAAAAUGCGUUAGCAAAUCGUACAAUAGCAUUGUACGGCUGGAUCAGAGGAACGUUUCUCAAGAACCAUUCGGCCGUUCAUAUACCAGGCGUUGGUGAUUUACGUAUCAAACAGAUGAACGCUCUGAGUGAUCCGUGCCCGUUGCCGAACAAACAAAAACUGAAGCGGUCGUUGAAUGAACGUGAACGUAUCAUCUAUGCACCGUUUUCUGGUCUGGGUGGUAUUCUCUACGAUAAGGACGCAAUAUACAUAGAAACGGGUGGAUCACAUUCGUAUUCAUCAAGACAUAAGAGGAAUGAAUUGGUGAACGGAUUGGAGAGUUUGAAAGAGGGCAUCGAUGAUAAAAUGAAUAAAUUAUCAAUGAAAUUGAUCGAUAACUCAAAAUCAACCAUUGAUGUUGAUAAUUAUGAUGGCAGUGAGAACGGUGAUAAUGAUGGUAAUGAGUCGACAUCAAACGAUGAAAUGUUAUCAGAAGAUGAAGGUGACGGUAGUGGUAGUAGUAGUGAUGUAUCAGAAGAUGAAGUGGAGAGUGGUGAUGAAUCGGAU